ACAUGCAGAGUGGAAAGCUAUCAAAAAUGAAAGAAAGAUGCAGAAAUGAAAUCAUGAUUACCUCUUGAAUUCCUGCUAAAACAUUUCAGAUGCUAAAGCUUUAGAGAAUGAACUAGUAUUUUAUUGCUAUUCUGUCCUCCUUAAGAAAGUAACUGGGAUGGGAUGGAGUAAUGGUUCAGCAGUAAAAGUUGCUGGAUACCUUUCCAGAAGACUGGCAUCCAAUUUACUGCGUUCAUAGGGUGUCUGACCACAAUUGGUAACUCCAGUUUACACUUAUUCAGGGGAUCCAACAGCCUCUUUUGACCUCUGAGGGCACCAUAUGCUCAUGGUGCACAGACCCACCUGUGUAACAGGGCCCAGACAUUACCGGGGCCUCACACCUAAGUACAGCGGUCUCCAUGACAGAAGUACUAUGCAUGGUGUAAAACCCAGCAUUUCUGGAAAAAACCAGCAAUCCCCUGCAACAACGAAAAGGAAGGCUUAAUCCACCUAAGUCCACAGCUCUAGGAAUACCUCUAAAUGUUCAAACCUUGCUUGAAAUACAGUAACAUUUUGGCUUCUGUAGUGCCCCUUCUGGCUAAUUGUUCUUGUUAACUGAAGUUGGUGAACCCAGAAUAUGGGUUUUGUGCUUAAAACUUCACUCUAAGAAUGACUAUUUACUGCACCAGAAUGUCAUGUGGCUGCCAGCUGGUGAAUAAAGACUUUCUAUUGGCUUAAAUCCACGUUAAAGCAGUCUCUUCUCCUCUCUCUCUCUCUCUCUCUCUCUCUCUCUCUCUCUCUCUCUCUCUCUCUCUCUCUCUCUCUCUCUCUUCAUCUCCAAAACUUUCUGUGUUUUGUUUCUAUGUCAGUUUUGUUUUGCUGUAUUGACCGUUGGCUUUCUCUGUUGUGUGGACACCCUGCUGCAUAAGACUUGUGCCUUCUCCUGCUGGGGACCUGAAUCCUUUUUUCUGGGCCAGGUCCUCCAGAGAACCACCGACCUGAAAUAAAAGAUCCACCUGUCCAAUUCCUGGAAUGAGAGACUAUAUGAACAGUUCUAUAUUGAGCCCCUGACAGGAGUCUGUUCCCUUAUGUGAGGUUGCUCUUACCCUGCAGUACCUGCUCCCCUGAACCUAAACACAUAAAGAAGAGUCACUGAGGCUACUAGUUAGCCGCCUACCAAACUUUCAGAGAUCAAAACCAGUUGAUUCAUUUAUCCUGGAUUGAGGGAUGAGCAGCAUUAGUGACAGAAUUUCAGGAGAGGUAGCCUGGGAAUUGCUGAGUGGAUUGAAUCACUGAAGGUAUUGUCAUGUCCUCUAGGUUUAGUGAGUCCCUGCAGACAUGAUGAACUGGAGAGAGGUGAUGAAGGUGGGGGCAUUUUACAGAUCACAUAUGAACAGGAACUGUCUCUUAUAUCCAAUCUUUGGUAACUGUUGAAUAUAUUCUGCACGUUUUGGAAACCUGAAUACUAUCUCACUUUUAAGGCCCAGGAGUGUAAGCAUGCAAGUUCAAAGUUUAAAGAGGACAGAACUCACCAAUGAAGGAUGAAAAUUAUGAGAUAUUGAGAAGCUGAAUCUUGGCAGUCAGCAUGAUGGAACUGAGAAGCACUUAGGAUCUUCUCAUAGCAUACCCUUAACUGGAUCUUGUAACAUGAAUCUUAAAAUGUCUUAUUAAUAAAAACAAACCCGAAGCCAGGUAUUGAGGUGAAUGCUGAAAGAUCAGAGAAACAGAACCAGCCAAAGCUAACCUCAUCUUGCCAAUUGCUCAACUGAUCAUGUUUCCUCACACUGGAAGCCUCUGUGUCCACACGAAUGGAUCUCAGCUGAACUGCUGAUCAAAAGUCUAAAAGCUUAACCAGGCUCUAGUUCCUGAUCCUUAUGCCUUAUAAACCUUUCUGCUUCCUGCUAUCACUUCCUGGGAUUAAAGGCUUGUGUCCUCAUGCCUGGCUGUUUCCAGUGUGGCUUUGAACUCACAGAGAUCCAACUGGAUCUCUGCAUUCCAAAUGCUAGGAAUAAAGGUGUGUGUGCCACGAUUUUCUGGUCUAUAUGUCUAGUGGCUGUUCUGUUUUCUGACUCCAGAUGAGUUUAUUAGGGUGCUCAAUAUAUUGGGGAGCACAAUAUCACCACAGGAUCUGGAAGAGUGUUUCCAAGGAGGAUUUUCUGGGGGAUGGAAAGGGCAAGACCACCAAUGAAAGUUGGUGGAGUUAUGCCGGGGAUUGUGAGUCUGGAUGGAAAGAAGACUGGCACUUUCAGAGGUUCCUGCCCAGCUCUGCUUCUUGCCCACCAUGUAUGAAUACUUCCAUCCUGAUCUCCACGUUGUGAACACUGAGACCCCUGAAUCAGAAAGGAAGACACCUCUUCCCAGAUCAUGUUAGAGGGUGGAUUUGGUGUAAAACAAUGAGAAGAAUAAAUAACAGCUUUGUAGGAAUGGAUACCUUCUCUAUUUUAUUUAAGAUAAACCACAAUAAGCAAAAUACACAUGUGGUGGUUAUUCUUGGUUCCCAACUUAACAAGACAUGGAAUUAACUAAAACUCUAAAAUGGAGGUCACAACAGUGAGAAGUGUUUUGCUUCAGGUGAAGUGAGGAGAUCCACUUCCAAUACACACUUUGGAGGUAAAAAGACAGAGAUGUUUAAUCCGGAUCUCAGGGCCUGAAGACACACACACCUUUAAUCCAGAUCUUGAGGCUAGAAGCCACACCCUAAAUUGGGCCACACCUUCUGCAGGAAGCCUAUAAAAGGACAUGAAAGCAGGAAGCUCUCGCUAUUUGCCUGCUUGCCCUCACCUUGCAACAAGUCCUUCCCUUCCCUGGCAAUAGAGAAUAUUUGGAAAUCCAGCAUAUUCUGAAGACCAGUGGACACAUCCAACAUCCUGGACUGAGUGAAGAGAAAACAAUUGCUAGUUCUUCAUAUUGGAUCCAGUUUAACCUUCAAAUUACCUGCAGGAGAAAUGGCAGGAGAUGGGACAGCCCAGAGAUGGGACCACACUCAAAUCAGCCUUCAGAAUUUCUCCUACAUGUGGACCAUCAGCAACUUCCGAUUUAUUCUGGAGGAAAUAACAGAAAGCAUUAGAAGCCCAACUUUCUCAACAGGAGCCAAUGACAAAUGGUGUUUGACAGUAUACCCAAAGGGAGUCGAUGAAGUAAGUGCAGAUUACCUGUCAGUUAACCUCGUUUUGCUCAGCUGUCUAAAGAGUCAUGUUUGGGCAAAGUUUCAGUUCUGGAUCCUAAGCGCCAAAGGAGAGAAAAUGCAAACCAUGAGGAGCCCAAGAGCCUUUAAGUUCAUGCCAGGCUGCGACUGGGGAUUCAAAAAGUACAUCCUUCGAGAUUUCCUCCUGUCCCAUGAGCCUAGUCUUCUCUCAGAUGACCAGCUUACCCUUGUCUGCAAGGUGAGCAUGGUCCAGGUCUCUUUGCACAUCUCUGACCAGAACAGGAAGCCAAGGAUCCAGGUUCCCAGAUGCACAUUGGCUGAUGAGAUAGGAGACCUGUGGGAGAAUUCCCGAUUCACAGACUGCUGCCUGGUGGUAGCUGGGCAGGAAUUCCAAGCUCACAAGGCCAUCUUAGCAGCUCACUCUCCAGUUUUCAGAGCCAUGUUUCAACAUGACAUGGAGGAGAGCAGAAAGAAGCGCUUUGAGAUCCCUGACCUGGAGCCACAAAUCUUCAAGGCAAUGAUGGACUUCAUUUAUACCGGAAAAACACCAGACCUGGACAGCAUGGCAGCUGCUCUAAUGGCAGCUGCUGACAAGUAUGGCCUGGAGCGUUUGAAGGUCAUGUGUGAGGAUGCCCUCUGCAGAGACCUCUCUGUGGAGAAUGCUGCCCACACUCUGGUCCUGGCUGACCUCCACAGUUCAGGGCAGCUGAAAACCCAGGCACUGGAUUUCAUUACAGCUCAUGCUUCUGAGGUCUGUGAGACCUCAGGCUGGAAGGCAAUGGUGGGCUCAUAUCCCCAUUUAGUGGCUGAAGUAUACCGUUCCCUGGCUUCUGCUCAUCUCCCUCUCUUGGAGGCCCCUUUCCAAAGCUUGAAGCAAUCCUAG